AUGGGACCUAGGCGCAAAAAGAGGACCCUGACCGAGGCAGAAAGGCAAGCAAGGAGGAAUACAGAAAGUCGCAGAGCGUACCAGUUUCAAGGCACCAGGCACCGCCCCUCCGACGAAUCGUUUUCUGAAAGUGAAGAGGGGCAUUCAACUAUAGAGGAUAGUGACAGUUUCGGGGAGGGAAAGUCAAAAGCCGAUGCGGUAGCCCAAGCAACAAACAUCGUUCGCCACACAGGGCAGCAAGCUCCUGCAUCUCAUAAUAUGUACUCCACAGCUUAUGAUUUAGUAAUGGGCAAGGUUCACGACUUUGAAAUCUCAGAUGACGAGUCCGACGUGAAUGAGCCAAGCAGUCAAACAGCGCGACCAACUAUCUCAGAUCAGCAUCCAAGUGCCUCAUCCUCCCUUGCCACUUCAGGGAUAAACAACGCUGAAAGCGAUGAAACCUUAACAGGGAGGCAAACAUCGGCGUCAAGCACCACUGAACCUUCAAGAACGCCAACUCGGAAGACGGUUGUAGUUGCGUCGGUUCAUCAGCCUCCUGCACCUCAAGCUGAUGGAGACCACAUGCAUUCCCCGGCCGCUUCCCCAAGUGCAUUUGGCAACAACGGCGCAGUCGCCGAUGAGCGGUUUGCAGAUGCCAUUUCCGAAGAGGCUUCUGCCAGCUCACACGGCAGACCACAUAGGCUUUCAGUUACUACAGACACCUCCAGUAUGCCAAGUGGAACUGCACAGCAGCACGAAUUCACAGGGGAGAAGCACGAUUCACUAUCGGAUCUUGUCAGUAAGGGUGUUGGAAGCGAAUUGCUGAACUGCAUUGAGUUACCUCUUGGCUACCAAGAACUUGAUUCCAAGGUCGACGUGUUCUGUAACCGCAUCAAAAAGAGGGGAAUCAGAUACCCAAACCAUCCUACACAAACGGCCUGCCGAAAGAAUGCCAAGCAUGUUGCCACUCAGCUGCGGCGUGUUUACGAAGACUGCAAUGAAAGCAUUUACAGUCAGCGAUCCCAUCCGCAUCCUGCGACACCCUCCACAUGCCUUACCACUCCUCUUGACUUCAUGAACCACUGA